AUGGAGCGCCGCGCCGCCGUGAUGGCCAGUGACCUGCUCGUGGCUGCGCUCGAGGACCUGAGCCAGGAGCAGCUGAAGCGCUUCCGCCUCAAGCUGCAGGACGAGCCCCUGGACGGCCGCAGCAUCCCGCGCGGGCGGCUGGAGCGCGCCGACGCCCUGGAGCUCUCGCAGCAGCUGGUCCAGUUUUACGGGCCCGAAGUCGCGCUGGACGUGGCGCUCAAGACCCUGAAGCGCGCGGACGUGCGCGACGUGGCGGCGCAGCUCAAGGAGCAGAGGCGGCAGCGGCUCGGCUCCAGCACCCUGGCCCUGCUGUCCGUGUCGGAGUACAAGAAGAAGUACCGGGAGCACGUGCUGCGGGAGCACGCCAAGGUGAAGGAGCGCAACGCGCGCUCCGUGAAGAUCAGCAAGCGCUUCACCAAGGUGCUCAUCGCGCGCGACCGCGCCGAGGCCUGGGACGAGCCGCCGGGCGCCGCGGACGAGCCGGAGCAGGAGCGCGCCCGGCGCUCGGACACGCACACCUUCAACCGCCUGUUCCGCCGCGACCACGAGGGCCAGCGGCCGCUCACCGUGCUGCUGCAGGGCCCGGCGGGCAUCGGCAAGACCAUGGCGGCCAAGAAGAUCCUGUACGACUGGGCGGCGGGCAAGCUGUACCACGGCAAGGUGGACUUCGCCUUCUUCCUGGCCUGCCGCGAGCUGCUGGAGCGCCCGGGCGCCUGCAGCCUGGCCGACCUGCUGCUGGAGCAGUGCCCCGACCGCGCGGCGCCGCUCCGGGAGAUGCUGCAGCAGCCCGGGAAGCUGCUCUUCAUCCUGGACGGCCUGGACGAGGCGCCCGCCCCGCAGCCGGGCCCCGCGCCCGCCUGCAGCGACCCCUUCCAGCCCGCGCCCGCGGCCGGCGUGCUGGGCGGCCUCCUGAGCAAGGCCCUGCUGCCCGACGCGCGCCUCCUGGUGACGUCCCGCACCGCCGUGGCCGCCAGGAUGCAGGGCCGCCUGCACUCCCCGCAGUGCGCCGAGGUGCGCGGCUUCUCCAACAGGGACAAGAAGAAGUACUUCUACAAGUUCUUCGAGGACGAGGCCAAGGCCGAGCGCGCCUACCGCUUCGUCAAGGCCAACGAGACGCUCUUCUCGCUCUGCUUCGUGCCCUUCAUGUGCUGGAUCGUCUGCACCGUGCUGCGCCGGCAGAUGGAGGCGCGCCAGGACCUGUCGCGCACCUCCAGGACCACCACGUCCGUCUACCUGCUCUACACCGUCGGCGUCCUCGCCGCCCGCGACCGCGGGCCGCAGCUGCAGCGCGAGAUGCGCCGGCUGUGCCGGCUGGCCCGGGAAGGGGUGCUGGGCUGCCGGGCGCAGUUCUCGGCGGAGGACCUGGCGCGGCUGGAGCUCGGGGGCUCCGCGGCGCAGGAGGCCUUCCUCACCGGGAAGGAGCUGCCCGGGGUGCUGGAGGCCGACGUCAUCUACCAGUUCAUGGACCACAGCUUCCAGGAGUUCUUCGCCGCCCUGUCCUUCCUGCUGGAGGAGGAGGAGGCGGCGGCCGCCCGGGGCCUGGGAGCGCUCCUGCGCCGCUACCCCGAGGAGCACGGCCACCUGGCGCUCACCGCCCGCUUCCUCUUCGGCCUGCUGAGCGCCGAGCGGGCGCGGGAAGUCGAGCGGCACUUGGGCUGCGUCGUGGCCCCGAGACUGAAGCAGGACGUCCUGCGGUGGGUGCAGGACCAGGGCCAGCGCGCGCAGAGGGCCGCGCCCGAGGAGGCUGAGGAGGAGAGGGAGGAGGAGGAGGUGGAGGAGGAGGAGGGAGACGAAGAGGAGGAGGACGCCGAGCUCAGCUACCUUCUGGAGCUGCUGUACUGCCUGUACGAGACGCAGGAGCCCACGUUCGUGCGCCAGGCCCUGCAGGGCUUCGGGCAGCUGGCGCUGGAGCACCUGAACCUCAGCGGCAUGGACAUCGCCGUGCUGAGCUACUGCGUCCGCUGCUGCCCGGCCGGACAGGCGCUGCGGCUGACCGACUGCAGACUGGCCGUCGCCCCUGAGAAGAAGAAGAAGAGCCUCAUGAGGAGGCUGCAGGGGAGCCUGGGUGGCACCUCCACAGCCCGCAGGAGAAAGGCGCCUGUGUCCCUGCUGGGGCCACUCUGCGAGGCCAUCACCGACCAGCAAUGUGGCCUGAGCAGCCUCACGUUGUCCCACUGCAGGCUUCCUGACUCCGUGUGCCGAGACCUCGCGAUGGCCGUGAGGCGCGCCCCUGCCCUGCGAGAGCUGGCUCUCCUCCAUAACGGGCUGAGUGAGGCGGGCAUGCACGCUCUGAGCGAGGGCCUUGCCUGGCCCCAGUGCCAGGUACAGGUGUUCAGGGUGCAGCAAACCAGCGUCCUGGGCACGCUGCAACGCCUGGUGAGCGUUCUCCCACGGACCCCAGCCCUGACCACGCUGGACCUCAGUGGCUGUCAGCUGUCGGAGCCGGUGGUGACCUACCUGUGCGGGGUCCUGAGACACCCGGAGUGCCGCCUGCAGACCCUCGACCUGACCUCUGUGAAGCUACAGGAGGGGUCCCUGCAGGAGCUGCGGACCGUGUGCACAGCCAAGCCAGACCUGGUUAUCACACACCCUUCGCUGAACUCACCCCCCAACACUCCCGAGGGACAGAUCAGUGUCCUGUGA